AUGACUUUACCUGAAUCGAAAGACUUUUCUUACUUGUUUUCGGAUGAAACCAAUGCCCGUAAACCAUCUCCACUGAAGACCUGCAUUCAUCUUUUCCAAGAUCCUAACAUUAUCUUUUUGGGUGGUGGCCUGCCAUUGAAGGAUUAUUUCCCAUGGGAUAAUCUAUCCGUAGAUUCACCCAAGCCUCCUUUUCCUCAGGGUAUUGGAGCUCCAAUUAAUGAGCAGAAUUGUACAAGAUACACCGUCAACAAAGAUUAUGCUGAUGCGAGUGCCAAUCCUUCUAACGAUAUUCCAUUGUCAAGAGCUUUGCAAUACGGGUUCAGUACUGGUCAACCUGAACUGUUAAACUUCAUUAGGGAUCAUACUAAGAUUAUCCACGACUUGAAAUAUAAGGACUGGGACGUUUUAGCUACUACAGGUAACACUAAUGCUUGGGAAUCUACUCUGAGAGUCUUUUGUAACAGAGGUGAUGUUAUCUUAGUCGAAGCACAUUCUUUUUCAUCUUCAUUAGCUUCCGCAGAAGCUCAAGGUGUCAUUACCUUCCCUGUGCCAAUUGAUGCUGAUGGUAUCAUUCCUGAAAAACUGGCUAAAGUCAUGGACAACUGGACGCCUGGUGCUCCAAAACCAAAGUUAUUAUACACUAUUCCAACUGGCCAAAAUCCAACUGGUACCUCCAUAGCAGACCAUAGAAAGGAGGCGAUUUACAAGAUCGCCCAAAAGCACGACUUCCUAAUCGUAGAAGAUGAACCUUACUACUUCUUACAAAUGAAUCCUUACAUCAGAGAUUUGAAGGAAAGAGAGAAGGCACAAAGUUCUCCAAAGCAAGAUCAUGAUGAAUUUUUGAAAUCUUUGGCAAACACUUUCCUUUCCUUGGAUACAGAAGGUCGUGUCAUUAGAAUGGAUUCAUUUUCAAAAGUUUUGGCCCCAGGGACAAGAUUGGGUUGGAUUACAGGUUCAUCCAAGAUUUUGAAGUCUUACUUGAGUUUGCAUGAAAUGACCAUUCAAGCCCCAGCAGGUUUUACACAAGUUUUGGUUAAUGCCACGCUAUCCAGGUGGGGUCAAAAGGGUUACUUGGACUGGUUGCUUGGUCUGCGUCAUGAGUACACGUUGAAGCGUGAUUGUGCCAUCGAUGCCCUUCACAAGUAUUUGCCACAAUCUGAUGCGAUUGUCAUCAACCCACCGAUUGCAGGCAUGUUCUUCACCGUGAAUAUUGACGCGUCCAUUCACCCCGAGUUUAAAUCAAAAUACAACUCAGACCCUUACCAGUUAGAACAGAGUAUUUACCACAAAGUGAUUGAACGUGGUGUUCUAGUGGUUCCCGGUUCUUGGUUUAAGAGUGAAGGUGAAACGGAACCUCCUCAACCUGCUGAAUCGAAAGAAGUCAGUAACCCAAAUAUAAUUUUCUUCAGAGGUACCUAUGCUGCUGUCUCUCCUGAAAAGUUAACUGAAGGUUUGAAAAGAUUGGGUGAUACUAUAUACGAAGAAUUCGGGAUUGCCAGAUAA